UAUGGAGUCGCCAAUCCAAAAAUUCUACAAUGGCCGGACGAUUUUCGUGACUGGUUCAUCUGGUCUUAUGGGCAAAGUUUUGGUGGAAAAACUACUUUUCAGUUGCCCAAAUGUUGAGAAAAUUUACAUGCUAAUCAGGCCCAAACGUGGCAAAAACGCUUCGCAGAGGAUUGAAGCAAUCUGGCAAUUACCGGCCUACAAAAGGUUGCGCGAAAAGCGUCCCGAAGCUCUUGCCAAGAUGAUCCCAGUAGAAGGUGAUGUAACAUUGGACAGAUUAGGAGUCGAGCCCAAUCUUCUCAAGAAGGUCAUCAACGAAACUAGUCUUGUAUUUCACUUUGCUGCCACUUUAAAACUCGAAGCCGAACUAAAAGAUUCGGUCACCAUGAAUUUGAUUGGAACCAGAAACGCUCUGGAAGUCUGCAAAGAAAUGCCUAAUUUAAUCUCAUUCAUCCAUUUGUCAACUGCCUUCUGUUACACCGAUCAGAAAGUUCUUUUCGAAAAGGUGGUUGAUUCACCACACAAUGUUCAUGAUGUGAUGCGUUGUAUGGAGUGGAUGGAAAAUGAGACUGUUAAUAAAAUGACACCAUCCUUAAUAGCACCACAUCCUAAUACUUACACUUAUACGAAAAGACUUGCUGAAUCUUUGGUCAAGGAACAUUUUCCUGAUAUGCCUGUGUGCAUUGCCAGGCCUAGCAUAGUUACUCCGUCCUAUGUGGAACCAGUUGAAGGUUGGGUUGACAACCUUAAUGGACCUGUAGGCAUAAUUGUGGGCUGUGGAAAGGGUGUCAUUCGUUCUAUGUACUGCUUCCCUGAAUUGUACGCCCAAGUCAUACCCCUCGAUUUUGCCACCAAUGGUUUAGUCUCGAUUGCGUGGAAGAACGGAACUCAACCCAAACCCGCAGACAUUCCAGUUUUCAAUGUAACAAACAUGAACGAGAAGCAAAUGAUGAACUGGGGUCAAGUUUUGGAAACAGGAAGAGAUUUGGGCAGAAAAUAUCCAUUCGAAGGAGCAGUUUGGUAUCCAAAUGGCAACAUCAGGAAUAACAAAUUGAUUCACCAAAUAUGUGUUUUCCUCUUCCACAUCAUACCAGCUUACUUUAUCGACUUUAUGAUGCUCAUCUUCAGACAGAAAAGAUUCAUGGUGCGUAUCCAGAAACGAAUUUCAGAUGGAUUAGAUUUGUUGCAAGAAUUCACAACAAGACAAUGGAUUUUUGAUACUACCGAAUUUGCUAAAUUGUGGGCCGAAAUGACACCGAUGGAUAAAAAGAUGUUUUCUGUGAUGGACGAAAGUGGUGAUGUCACAGAAUAUGUGAAGAAGUGCAUUAUUGGUGCCAAGCAGUUCUGCAUGAAGGAAAAGCUGGAGAAUCUGCCCAAAGCUAGGAUGCAACACCGAUUCCUUUACGUAUUGGAUGUUGUGACCAAACUCGGUCUGGUGUACUGGUUCAUCACCAUGUUUUUGUCCUGGACUGGUCUGGACGUCACCUUUAACGAAUAUUACAGCCGGGCAGUACAAGUUGUCGAAUAAAAAUAAUCACCUGUUAAGAAAUGUUUUCAUAAUUAAAA